UGAAAAGAGGAGGGGAAAGUUGCUUUUUCUGCUCUUCCGCUUUCCUUUUCUAAACGCAAUGAAGACAAAGCGGAAGGCCAGGCUUUCCUUAAAAUAGAUCCUGCAGGGAAGCAGAUCCACCUGCCACCGGGGAUUUUCCUCCAACCAGGAGGGAGAGGGAACUGAGUUUCUGCUGCCUAAAAGAAUUGAGAUUUUGCUGCUGAAGAGAGGAGCCGCGUCCAUUGCAGCUUGCAGCUAAGACCUGAAGGACAAAGAUGCUACAGAGCACCAGAAGUGUCAACUACACACGGAAGCCAAGCAUGGCCCUGGCCGAGGACACCAUCGAGAUUCCAGCCCUGGACCGUCCCUUCCAGCUGGGGAUGCUUUAUGACUGCCGCAAGGAUAUGCUCAUCCCAGGGUUCACUCUUUGGGAUGACAGCUCUCUUCAGAAGGACCUGAAUGUCAACCUUCAGCCCAAGACAGAAUCAGAAAUCAUUGCAUCCGACAGCCUUGAUGACAAGGCCUCCGCCCUGGACAUCUCAGUUUCCCUCAAGAAAUCCCGGGUUUUGUGCUGUGCGACUUGUCUGGAAAUGCCUGGAAGCAUCGGAGGGCCUGAACGGAGGAUCGUCCUGGUGGGCGAAAGCGGAAGUGGAAUAAGUGCAACGGGAAACACAAUCCUGGGAAGCAAAGUCUUUCACUCUGGGUGGUCACCAAAGGUAGUACUAAGAGUAUGCCAGAAGGAGGAGACGCAGCUGAAUGGCAGGAAGGUUGUGGUUGUAGAUAUGCCUGACUUUUCCGAUCGUCCAGACAAGGAUAUUGCUGCGAGAGAAGUGAGAAAGAGCACGAAGCUUUGCUCCCCAGGUCCCCAUGUCAUUCUGCACGUGAUGCAUCCUUUUCUUUUCUCCCCAGAGGAGAGGUACGUGGCUCAGCAUAUCAAAGAGCUUUUUGGCCUUGAAGCCAAGGAUUACAUGAUCCUCUGGUUCACCUGCAAAGACCUGAAAGGUCAAUCUCUAGAAAAUAAAUACUUGAAGGAAUAUAUUGCCGAAUGCAGGAACCGGUUCCUGGCUUUCAACAACUGGGCUGAAGGGGCGGAACGAGAGGCUCAGGUGGCCGAACUGAUUUAUUUAUUUAUUAUUUAUUAUUUAAACUUAUAUACCGCCCUAUCUCCCAAAGGACUCAGGGCGGUUUACAGGCAUAUAAAAACAUCAAUAUACAAAUUAAAAUAAUCAUUAAAAGACUUAUUCUAAUGCCAAUAAUUAAUAAUACCAAUUAUUAAAAAUAGAAAUAUAAAUAUUAAAAUCAAUUUAAAACCCCUCUAAAUUUAAAAAUCUAAGCCAGUCCUGCACAGAUGAAUAAAUGAGUCUUGAGCUCGCGACGGAAGGUUCGGAGAUCUGGAAGUUGACGGAGUCCUGGGGGGAGUUCGUUCCAGAGGGUGGGAGCCCCCACAGAGAAGGCCCUUCCCCUGGGCGUCGCCAGACGACACUGCCUAGCUGACGGCACCCUGAGGAGUCCCUCUCUGUGAGAGCGCACGGGUCGGUGAGAGGUAUCUGGUCGCAGUAGGCGGUCCCGUAGAUAACCCGGCCCUAUGCCAUGGAGCGCUUUAAAGGUGGUCACCAAAACCUUGAAUCGCACCCGGAAGGCCACAGGUAGCCAGUGCAGUCUGCGCAGGAUGGGUGUUAUACAGGAGCCACGAGGGGCUCCAUCUAUCACCCGCGCAGCCGCAUUCUGGACUAACUGUAGCCUCCGGAUGCCCUUCAAGGGAAGCCCCAUGUAGAGAGCGUUGCAGUAAUCCAGGCGAGACGUCACGAGAGCGUGAGUGACCUUGCAUAGGGCCUCCCGGUCCAGAAAGGGGCGCAACUGGUGCACCAGGCGAACCUGGUAGAACGCUCUCUUGGAGACGGCCGUCAAGUGAUCUUCUAGAGACAGCCGUUCAUCCAGGAGGACGCCUAAGUUGCGCACCCUCUCCAUCGGGGCCAAUGACUCGCCACCGAUGGUCAGCCGCGGAUUUAGCUGACUGUACCGGGAUGCCGGCAUCCACAGCCACUCUGUCUUGGAGGGAUUGAGCUUGAGCCUGUUUCUCCCCAUCCAGACCCGUACGGCCUCCAGACACCGGGACAGCACUUCGAUAGCUUCGUUGGGGUGGUCCGGUGUGGAAAAGUACAGCUGGGUGUCAUCCGCAUACAGCUGGUACCUCACACCGAACCCACUGAUGAUCUCACCCAGCGGCUUCAUAUAGAUGUUGAAC